CCACUUCCACGGGUACAGUCUAGUCCGAGUUUGUAAUCGGUAAACUAUCCCCAACGAGGGGAAAUGAGUUCCUCGGCUUCCUCGCCGCACCGUUCUCGCAGCGGCGAAAGACCCAGGUUCUUCGAUACAAUGGCCAAGAAUCUCUGCUGGGCAAAGGCUGAUAUUGUGCCCGGCCGUCAUCCAGAGAGGUGGCGCAAAGACGCCGCCGGAAACAUUGUUUGCAAGCGCUUCUGUAACUGUCAAGGCUGCCUCUGCUUUGAGUAUGAUCACAUCGUUCCCUUUUCCAAAGGUGGUGAAUCCACAUGGGAUAAUUGCCAGAUACUACAAACUAGAGUGAAUAGGUUCAAGUCAGACAAGGAUCAAGUUGAUCCAGCUCAGUUGAAGGGCUACUCUUGUGACAUUAAUUUUACCGAUAAGGAGCUGGAUAUAAUAGAGAUGGCUGUUUAUGGGGACGUGAUUAGGCCCGGAAAAGAGUGCCGUUGCAGAACGGUUGCUGAAAUGCUUGGCACAUACAAGUCUAAAGACAAAUUAGCUGCAUGUAAGCUUCCCCAGACAGGUGAAUGAAUCCACUUCCAGAAAAUUGCAUCUUCAAUCAAAACCAUAUGACGCUCUUGCAAAUUACAUUCUUUGGUUCUCAAUCUGCCUUCUUGUGUCUUGAGGUGAGAUCAGGAUACCAUUAUUUGUACACACUAUAAUACUUCCUCUCUCUUUAGAGAAUGCAAUGAGUGAUGGUUUAACACUAUAUAUUCACUCGCAUUUCAUUAUGUGGUGAUUUAUACAUAAAAGAAAAAUCGCCUUGUGGGUUUUUGUUAGAUUCGUCUUAAUAUAAAUUCAUGUAAUAU